AUGGAAGUGGCCAUCGGCUACCGUACCUCUGCUUCGGCAGUUUUGGUGUCAAGGGAUCGGAUUCAGGAGGAACAUCUGUUGGAUAACUAUGAUUUUGAGUUACUGGAACAUUUCGGGGUUAUUUAAGGCUAAUGUUAUACAGGUUCAUUUCCGAGUUUGACGAAUGCGAGGAGGUUUUGGCGGCCGGCAAAACGGUGGAUCUUCUGGAGAAUCAGAAGGUCGACGUGAUCUUCGGGCCGACUUGCAACCGUCCGGGACUCGCCGCCUCCGCCCUGGCCACUUACUACAAUAUCCCGAUAUUUGAGUGGGGUCUGACGACGUCGAAAGAUCUGACGGACAGCACCAGAUUCCCAACGACGGUGCCGUUCUCCGUCAAUUCGUAUAGUCUGGCUCUGGCGAUUCGAGCAACGAUGAAGCAGUUCGAAUGGAGUCAGUUUGUGUACAUGUACUCGAACGAUGGGGACGAGGAGAAAUGUGAAUCGCUGAAAGAUGAUAUCCAGGUACGGUAACUCCCGUAUAAUAGCAUCAAAGUCUCUCAGGAAGUGGUCUCGAUAUACGGCGAAAUCACAUUGGCAUACACUUAUAAAAUGGCGUCAAAGAGUCUGGACGACAUGAGAACUGCGGUGAAGGCGGUGAAACAGAAAGGAAGGGGUGAGCAAUAUCUGAAGAUCUGUAAUCAAAAAGAAAGUGUACGAAUACUCAUUGUAGUGAUUGUGACGUGUGUGGCUUCUGGCAACGGAUCCAAGAAGACGGUGAUGCAAGCGACGGCGCUGGAGAACGCGAACAGCAGCGAGUACACGUACAUCAUGGCGGAGACAAACUCGCGAGGAUUCAGUGAGCAGCACUUCAAGAUCGGAGAGAGAUUCUUUUCUGUUUGCAGUCGUUGACGAUUAUGGAGGAGAAUGGCACUACCUCUGGCAAGGAUCUUCGUACUCGGAGGACGGGAUGUCAGAGGAAGAGUCCAGACAGUCCAUGGUCAACUUGCUCUUUUUAGUCGACGUGAGUACCGAGUGCAAUUCAAACCAAUGAAAUUACACUGCCCCGCUUACAGAAUAUGGGAAUGAACGAGGAAGUGACUGCUCAGUACUUGAACUUCUCCCAGCGGGUCAUAGAAAUGAUGAAAGAUCCGCCGUUCAACUGUGUCGCCGAUUGUGCCGAUGCCAAGUAUUUCUCGGUGAGCCAAGUUGGGCUGCAAUACUAUAAAGGACUUCUUUUCAGGUGGCCAAGUACGCCGGUCAACUCGCCGACGCCUUCUACGCCUACGCAGUCGCCCUCAACCGUUCUCUGACCGUCAAUCCUCUCAGUCUUCGCAACGGCACAUUUAUCAUCAACAAUAUUGGAAUGACAUUCGAAGGCGUCGGCGGCGGCAAUGUGGUCGUCGAUCCGGACUCGGCCCGUCGUUCUAUGAUCUAUUUGAUCGGACUGAACUCGUCGCUGCUUCCGGUCACUUAUGCGCGGCUCUCAAUCAACAACCAAUCCACUGAGUUUGAGCCCUACUACACGGACGAGUCGACGGUGUGGAACGGCGGAGAACGUCCGACGGACGAGCCUACGUGCGGAUUCACCGGCAGUCAGUGCCCGGCCAACUUCAUCCGGGAUUACCUCGUCUACACCAUCAUCAUAGCCUUCCUUCUCAUUCUUACAAUUUGUGCAGCUAUUGCGGGUAUUUUCAAUGCGAUACGGUAUGAUUGUAAAAAAAAAGUUUAAAAAAAGAGUGGAUAAAGAAAGCGGGAGAGCUUUUCAGAAUGAAGCACAAGGAAAUUGAGCGUCAGGAUAUGAUGUGGCACGUCGAGUUUGCCGAUCUUCUGGUGAUCAACAGAAAAGUGGGUUUAAAUUCACUGUGGUAAAGCAAGCGUACCAAUUGUUUUGUUUUGAGUCAAAGUCCGAAAUGAGCCAACGUUCGUUCGCCAGUGGUCCGUCGACCUCAACCAAACUGACAAUCGAGAGCCGAACAGAGACGACUCGAUUCAUUUUCUACAGCUAUCGGGUGAGAAAUGUGCGCAGUGUUUUCGUUUUUAACAAGAAAAUUACAACAAAUUCAGGGUGGAAUAGUUGCGGCCAAUAAGCACGAAGUAAGAGUACAGUUGAGCAUCGAGGAUAAGGCGCAGUUGAGACAGAUGCGAUUAUUGGACCACGACAACUUGAACAAGUUCAUCGGACUCUGUCUGAACGGUCCUCAGCUCUUGUCCCUUUGGCGCUUCUGCUCACGUGGCUCCCUUGCCGACGUCAUCAGCAAGAGCUCCAUGCAGAUGGACAGCUUCUUCAUGUUCUCUCUGAUUCAGGACGUCUCCAACGGUCUCGGCUACAUUCACAGCUCUUUCCUCGGGUGCCAUGGCAACCUCACUUCUCGGAGCUGUCUGAUUGAUGAUAGAUGGCAAGUUAAGAUAUCUGAUGUGGGUCUUGCCACGAUCAGACAUUUCGACAAGACAAGCAUGAGGGGACUGUUGUGGACUGCCCCCGAACUGCUGAGAAAUGAAAUGACGGCGAGGACAAAAGAGGGCGACAUCUACAGUUUCGCUAUUAUUUGCUCGGAAAUAGUGACCCGCUCCUCAGCUUUCAACUUUGAAAAUCGAAAGGAAAACGCGGAAGAGUUGAUCUAUCAGCUCAAAAAGGGAGGAUUCGAUGCGGUGCGGCCAGCUCUAGCAGUCGAUGAGGCACUGGAUGUUCAUCCGGCACUAGUAGGAACUUCGAAUGGAACUUUGAAGAAAUCUUUACUUUCAGCUUCAUCUAAUCAGAGAUUGUUGGACUGAAAAACCAUCGGAACGGCCGACGAUCGAGCAAGUGAAGAGUCUGUUGAGAAGUAUGAGUGACGGGAGGAAGGGAAAUCUGAUGGACCAUGUCUUCAACAUGUUGGAGUAUUACGCGUCCACUCUCGAAAAUGAGGUAUCCCAAAGAACCAAGGAAUUGGUGGAGGAGAAGAAGAAGUCAGAUGUACUCUUGUACAGGAUGCUGCCGAAGUGAGUUAGUUCUCAAAGUUCUCGAACAAUCAAGAUUUAAAGAACUGUUGCGGAGAAGCUAAAAGCCGGUACAUCUGUGGAGCCGGAGACUUUCGAGCAAGUCACAAUAUUCUUCUCCGACGUCGUUCAGUUCACAGUCCUGGCAAGCAAGUGCACUCCUCUGCAAGUGGUCCAGCUGCUCAAUGACUUGUAUACCGCGUUUGACAGUAUAAUUGAGCAACACGAUGUUUAUAAGGUUAGGAAACUGCAAAUUGAGGACAUGCACAUAGGACUUCAGAUUGAAGCAUUGAAGGAAUUCAGCAAGAGCAAAAAACAAAGUUCAGGUGGAAACGAUUGGCGAUGGAUAUCUUUGUGUCUCUGGGCUGCCGCAUCGAAACGGAAAUGAGCACAUCCGACACAUUGCCCGAAUGGCUCUCGGCUUCCUUUCCAGUCUGCAGUACUUUAGAGUCCAACAUCUUCCAGCGGAACGGAUCAAUUUGAGAAUUGGUAUCAACUGCGGUGAGAGCCCAGUGUCUAGCUCGUUUUGAUUUUAUUCAUUUCAGGAUCGGUGGUGGCUGGAGUCGUCGGAUUGACAAUGCCCAGAUAUUGUCUGUUCGGAGAUGCGGUCAACACGGCCAGUCGGAUGGAGAGCAACGGAAAACGUGAGCGACUUUGUGACUAUUACGACAAUGCUUCACACUUCAGCUGGUCGAAUCCACAUUUCGGCAGAAGCGAAUCGAAUGCUAACGCAAGUCGUCGGUGGAUUCCGAACCGAAUCACGCGGAGAAGUGAUAAUCAAGGGAAAAGGAGUGAUGGGCACAUUCUGGCUGCUCAGUGAAGAGGACGUUCCUCAAGUGAAGCCAUCUCUCAGAAAGGUUACAUCUGAAGCCAAAGACAAAUCCUCGAUUGCCAGAAGUAUCACCCCGAUCGAUAAAAGAAUCCACUCGGAAUCGGAAAACUUGUGA